AAGAGAAAAAGGUUUUGAAGAGAGAGAGAGGAGAAUAAUGUAGAGGGGAAUUAAAAAUUUAGCUAUAAAUAUAAAGGUUUUGCAGUUCUGUUGGCACAGAAAAGCAAGAGACAAAAUAUACAGUAGAGAGAGAACAGCUCUUCCAGCGAAGGUAAGAGAGUAGAGGAGCAGAAAGAGAAAAGUCUUUCACUAAAAUACUAGAAAAGAUGUCUGUUUUGUUGGGUUGAAUCCCUUCACUCUGUUCUGGCCAUCACCAUCAUUGUGCAUCUCAAUGACUGUGGAGAACCAAAGAGGUAGUGUGGUGGGUGAAGAUUUGCACCAGGACAGGUUCCCGGCGGGUAUGCGUGUUCUUGCUGUGGAUGACGAUCGAAUUUGCCUAAAACUGUUGGACACCCUGCUUCGAAAAUGCCAGUAUCAGGUUACAACGACCAAUCAGGCUGUUACGGCAUUGAAAAUGUUGAGGGAGAACAGAAACAAGUUUGACCUGGUUAUCAGUGACGUGAAUAUGCCAGACAUGGAUGGUUUUAAGCUCCUUGAGCUUGUGGGGCUUGAAAUGGACCUCCCUGUCAUUAUGUUGUCAGCCCAUAGUGAUACUGAGCUUGUGAUGAAGGGGGUUACCCAUGGUGCAUGCGACUAUUUGUUGAAACCUGUUCGAAUUGAAGAGCUUAAAAACAUAUGGCAACAUGUGAUAAGAAGAAAGAACUUUGACUCCAUGGUUUUAAACAAGUCCCUGAAUGAAGACAAAGCUUGCGAUGGUACCGGAGACGGUAGACUAGGGGUCAUAUCAACAGGUAGUGCAGAUCAGGAUGGAAAACUCUGUAGGAAGCGGAAGGAACAAAAUGAAGACGAGAAAGAAGAUGAUGAAGAAAAUGAACAAGAGAAUGAAGAUGCGUCAAAUCAGAAGAAGCCUCGGGUAGUUUGGUCUGUAGAGCUGCACAGAAACUUUGUUGCAGCUGUAAAUCAAUUAGGGUGCGAAAAGGCUGUUCCUAAGAAAAUUCUUGAUCUAAUGAAUGUUGAAGGACUUACAAGGGAAAAUGUGGCAAGCCAUCUGCAGAAAUAUAGGCUCUACCUGAAAAGAAUCAACAGAGACGCAGCACAGCAAGCUAGCAUGGUUGCUGCAUUGGGUGGUGCAGAUUCCUCGUACAUGCGGAUGGGUUCACUAGAUGGAUUCGGAGAGUUUCGCUCCUUGGAUGGAUCUGGAAGGCUCUCAAGCUCAGCUCUAUCAUCAUAUAGACCAGAGGGGAUGCUUGGUAGACUAAACUCCCAUGCCAGUUUGGCACUUCGUGGAAUUACUUCUUCUGGACUUGUACAAGCGAGUGGUCAAAACUUGAGCAGCUCCAUCAAUACUCUUGGGAAGAUCCAACCAACUCCAUUACCUUCAAAUCAAAGUGCAAGUCUAUUUCAAGGAAUUCCGACAUUAGAGUUGACUCAAUUGCAACAGAGCAAGUGCACUUCCUCCACUGGAGAUUUCAGUCCCAUCAAGGAUUCAAGAGGUUUUACAGCUGUCACUAAGAACUACUCCGACACCAGAGUGACUGUUGGUAGCUCAACUGGUUUAUUGCCCGGUGCCUCAGGCAAUCCUUUGGUGUUACAAGGGAAUCCACAAUUACCGGAUGAUAGGGGAGCAUUUGUAAAUCAAUCUUCCCUUGGAGUGGCUUCAGAGACUCCAGACACUUUUGACAUUGGCAGCAGAGGUUGUUCUAAUUUUUUGGAUCAUAAUCGCAGUAAUGAAAGCUGGCAGAAUGCAAUUCAGUUAUCCAGAUUUUCAUCAAAUUCUCUACCAUUGAGUGAGCCUUUUAAUCACAAUCAAUUUCCUUCUAAUAACUUUGUUAUAUCUUCUACUGGCCCUUGUACUGCAAAAUGCCCAAUUGAUUUUUCUUCAACAAGUGCAGUUUCAGCUCCUCUAGGGGAUUCAAGAGGAGAUGCACACUGUCAAGAAGGCUUGAUGGGUAAUGUUGUACAGGACAUGAAUUACACAUUGAAGCAAAGAUGGGAAGAACAGAAACAGGGUUGCAAUCAAAACUUGAACCACACUGUCAAUACCAUAAAUUCUGUGGUUUCUGUCCAUGGUAUAAUAAGUCCCUUGGGCCACUGUUUGGACCAAAAUAAUGCAAUCUGCUGCAAGAGUUCUGAUGUGCCUUUGAUUUCCCAAUUGCAUGGUGGUGCUUUAUUUAUUGGUCCACACGGUGAGGUUGAGACAUCUGCUCUGGACUCAAAGAUGAUGAUCAAUGAGAACUACCUCUUGGAGCAAACAAAGUCACAGAAUGGUUUCAUUCAAAACAAUUAUGAUUCUUUGGAAGAUAUAGUGAAUGCAGUGAUGAAACAGGAACAUAAUCAGACAAUGUUGAGUGAUGGGGAAUUCGGAUUUGAUGCUUACUCUCUUGGGGCGUGUAUGUGAGACUUCCGAUUCUUAGAGAAUUGAAGAGUAUCAUCAUCAUAAAUUUAUUCCUCAAAGAGGAGAUUGUAGCUUCAUCUAUUUCCUUUAUCCUUUUUUGUGUUGACUUUUUAAAGUUCUCUCUUUGGUACUGAAUGCUAUUUUAUGGUUUCAAUUGAUAACAUCAGACUUUUUUCAUUAA